GGUAUUAUCUAUAGAUGGUGGAGAAUGUGAUAUGUUGGUUCGAUCCCUGUGUCAGUUGAGGCACCUAAGAUACUUCAGCUUGGAGGGAACAAAUGUAUCUAGGCUGCCAGAGGACAUCCAUAGGAUGAAGUUCCUACAGCACAUUUUGCUUCUAGGGUCUAUGAAUUUGGAGAGUCUUCCUAGCAGCAUUAUAAAACUGGUGCAUCUCAGAUCUCUUAACAUGCAUGGUAUGAAUGCCAGUGUCAUGAUACCCAAGGGGUUUGGUGGGUUAACAAACCUGCGGACACUUUUGGGGUUCCCGAUACGCAUGGACAUGGAUGGGAGCAGCUGGUGCAGCUUGGGAGAGAUAGGGCCCCUUUCCCAGCUUAGGAAGCUUACUUUGCAUGGUCUACAGAAUGUGCCUGCUAGCUCAUUGGCUGAAAUGGCCAGGAUUAGCAGCAAGGAGCGCCUUGAUUACUUGGAAUUACAUUGGAGUAGCAGCGGAUGGAUGGAAUUGAGGGAUGAGAUUGAGAAGCAACAACAGCAGCAUGCAGCGGAAGAGGUAUUGGAGAAGCUCUGCCCUCCACCCCGCAUACAACAUCUACGUAUUCAAGGAUACUUUGGUCGCAUGCUACCAAAUUGGAUGAUGGUACCAAAUGCAGCAAUAGAGGCAUUCAAGAGCUUAAUGAUUUUGGCGCUGUGGGACCUGUGUUGCUGCACCAAACUCCCUGACGGCUUGCGUCAGCUACCCAGUUUGAAAACCCUGAGCAUUAGGGAUGCACAAGCCAUUCAGAGCAUUGGGUUUGAAUUCCAGGCGUCCUCCUCCUUGACGGCGGUGGGUGGCACUACAGUUACCUCAGUAGCUUUUCCUAAUCUCACACAUCUUGCUCUGGAAGAGUUGUGCGAAUGGGAGGAGUGGGACUGGGAGGAGCAGGCCACCGUGGAUGUGACCGCAGGCACCAUGGCCAUGCCUUGUCUAGAGAGACUCCACAUGACGAACUGCAAGCUAAACUCCCUUCCACCAGGGCUCGCCAACAUCAAGAGGCAUGCUCUGAUGGGACUGUACCUGUACAAAAUCACCAACCUGGCAUUCGUGGAGAACUUUCUCUCUGUUGUGGAACUCGACGUGUUCGACUGCCCCGAGCUCAAGAGGAUCAGCGGCCUCUCCAGGUUGCACAAGAGCAGGAUCAUCCGCUGCUCGAACUUGGAGGUGCUAGAAGGUGUCCCAGCACUCGAUAGCCUUGUGCUGGAGGACGCGACAAUGGAGGCUCUUCCAGGAUACUUGCAAGGUGUGAAUCCAAGGUAUCUUGAGUUGAAUUGCAACAAGAAGCUGUACGAAUCCUUAUCAGCACCAAGUACCUCUGCCGAGUGGAACAAGAUCAGUCAUAUCGGAAACCGCGAUAUCAGCUGGAUCCAGUGGCGGAGCCAAAAUUGAGUCAGGAGGGGCUCUCCUCCUCUUCUUCCUCCUCCAACUUCUCCUUCCCUCAUUCUUCUUUCUCAAAUCUGUAGGAGAGGCUUAGAGGGGGCUUCAUGGAUUUUCUAGCGAUAGGAGGGGCUGGAGCCCCUCCAAACCCACCGCUGGAUCCGCACCUGGCUGGAUCGAAGAUUAAGAUGAAAACUCGCAGGAACGGCUGCAUCAACAACAAUUCAUCCAUUCAUUCAGGCAGCAGGCAUGGAGGUACCCUACAACUGCACAUGAAGGCAUGAUCAACGGCGAUGGGAAUAUGGCACCUUUUCCCUAAUGCUUUCACUGCAGAAAUAAAUAAAAUAGAUUCCAUGCUUUGGACUUCAUUGGAAAGGCCUGGAAAAAGUUUGCUACCAUCAGAUAAAGUGAUGAUGGCAUUGCUUAUUGUUUCUUCACACAUGUUCUCCCAGCUCCUCUCUCGUUCUAAAGGCGGUGUGAAUAAAGGUGUCACCGAAAGACCGCUAAAAGGGAGUCCAGAAGAAGACUUGGAAAAAUUUGCAAGGAACUUGGAUUCUGAACUAACUAAAGGAGGUGGCUUGAAUUAUCCCAAACUACCAAAAUGGUACUAGUAAGAAAGGAAUCAGUAAACUUGACAAAAAUUGCAAAGGAAUUGCAUUUUGGAUAUGUACUUUUCGCCAGGUUGAUUGAUUAUCAGAAAGUGCAUUGCACUUUCAGACAAGCCGGUAUGGCCUUUCAGAUAUCA